AUGAGUUCAGCCGAAUAACAAUUAUAAUAGAAUAUAGAAGAAGCUUGCACUGCUGUUGAAACAACAGCUGCUUCCAUCAAGGUCAGUCUCCAUUUGUAAGGCAAGUACCUUCUCCCAUUAGAAAUUGCACCUAGCGAUACUUUACUAGAAAUUAGACAAUUUUUGAGCGAUUCUACUGUGCUUUAUUUCUUUUCCAACUACCACUUUGUCUACUAAAACCAAAAGCUUAAUGAAUAUGUCGAAUUCUCCACUUACAAUAUAUAAAAUGAUGAAGUUUUAGAAAUUAAGUUUGAUCCUUUUGACGAAAAAACUGCUAAGUUGCAUGUUAAGAACGUUAAGGAAGCCUUGGCUAACCCUUAGACUCUCUCCAACAUUUUUUCAAAUGGAGAAGCAGCUGAACAAAAGCAAAAGAAUAAAAGAGAUAGUUCUGAUGAUGACGAAGAAGAAGAAGAUAAAGAAGAAAACACUACUGAAUAAAAAGCUAACAAAAAUGAAAAUAAGCAAAAAGAAAAGCAAGAAAGUCAAUAAACAUCUGAAUAGAAAAACAAAGAAUAGUAUUCAUUGAAUGAUGCCUUACAACCCUCUUUAUCUAACAAGUUUAUCACUAAGGAAUUGAAUCCCAAGAAAGUAGAAUUUAUAGAAUGUAUCAGCUAUAUUAAUUAUUCUGGAUUUAAUCCUCCUCCUCAUUACAGAAAGAUCCAAGGAGAUUUCUUCUACUUAAGUGUAAAAACUCUUGAAAACAUGAGCUAUCACAUUACUGCAUCUCCUCAAGGUUUCUUUGUAAACAAAUCAAAUAGCAAGGACUUUGAUCCUGAACCAGUUAACAAAAAUGUUAAGUUUGUCAAUUUAGUAGAACUCUUUUAGCAAAUCAGUCCUCUAUUUAAACAAAAUUUAUUAAAAAUGGUUCAAAGCGAAACAAGUUCUGAUGAACUUAACAUGCCUUUACUUAGCUUUUACAAAUACGGCAACAAGUGGCUAACUGCUAAGAAUAAUGCAAGCGAACAUGAAUGGAAUAUGAAUAGAUGCGAAAACUCAUUGAUUAAUCUUUAUGGUUUUGAUGUCAGCGGUCCUAGAGAUUGGAAUGAAGAGCUUUAAAUCUGUAGAGAUUUGCCAAAGAGCGACUUUAUUUAGAGAUUGAACAGAGAUAAGGCCAACAUUAAAAUUUAAAGUGAAUUCAUUGAAGCUGCUAUUGAAGGUGCUAAGGCAGUUGUAGAAGGAAAUAUCUCUGCCCUCAACCCUAUGGAUCCUCCUCACCAAUAAGUUUAUGUUUACAACUAAAUUUUCUUCUCUUUUGCUCUUGAAAACACCGAUCACUUCAAGCAAGAAACUGGACCAGAUGCUUCUCCUAACGUAACAACUGCUAAUUGCGAUUUAAGAAAUUUAAAGAUCUUACAUAAGCUUGACAUUCCUGGAUUGAGUGUGUUAAAUACUUGUUUAGUAGAUUACAAAGGUCACAGAGUUAUUGCUUAGUCAAUUAUUCCUGGUAUUUUGAAUAGUGAUCAUUCUAACUGCUCCUAAUAUGGUUCUAUUGAUGAUGGUAAGACCAUUUGCAAUAAUCCUGAAUUCGAAGAAAUAAUGAAGAAGAUUUGCGAACACUUCCAUUUAGAUGAUGAAGUCAAAUUCUAUGAUGAAAAUAAGAAAGAAUACACUUUGUGUGGUUCCAUCGAAGUCAAGGGUAUUAGAGGAAGUGACAGAAGAAAAUAUAUUUUAGAUCUUAUGCGUCUCUCUCCUAGAGAUGUUAAUUAUUCAGGAAACAGCGAUAACUUAUGUUGCACUCUUCGUAACGAACUUAUUAGCAAUUAUGUUCUUUCUAAGAACUUUGAAGCUGCUAACAAUCAACUCAAAUUACAAGAAUAAGAAGAAAUGAAUAACAAAACAGAAUCUACUGAGCAAACAACUGAAGAAAAGAAUAAAAAGGGUCUCUCAAAGUUCCUUAAAAUGUAAGAAUAUAUGCAAAAUCCUGAAAAUUAAAUCAAGCUUAAGUUGAAUUCCAACAUUUCCACUAAGGCUCCUUUGGUAGAGGUUCCCAAGCUUAAAGAUCAAUUCAACUAACUCCAAGAAAUUGGUGAAUAUUUAAUGAACAAAGCUAUUCCAAACGUGAUCAACGACUUAAUUUCUAAUAGCGAAAAUGGUAGAAUUUCUGAUAGCAGAAGCAUAGAAGAGUUCUUCCAUAUUCAUGGUGUCAAUAUGCGUUAUUUGGGAAAGGUCUUGAACAAAAUUAGCAAGAAAGACAGUCCUCAUAUUUAUUUAAUUUUAGAAAGAGUUAUUCUCGUUAAAGCUAUGAAGCACGCUUUCAGAGAAAUCAUGAGAAACACAGCUUCUCCUUAUUUAAUUCAAGCCUUAACUCAUGCUUUAAAUUGCAUUUUCUCCUCACCUGAAGUUAGAGAAAAGUUAGAAAAGGGAGAAAUCAAGAGCACCGAAAGUAACCUCGUCAAUGGAGAUAACAACUCUGAAUCCAAGAAGAAGAAAAAAGGUAAAAAGGGCAAAAAGACUACUUCAAAUGCUCAAUCUGAAAAAAUCCAUGAAACUUUGAAUUCUAUUGAGACUUGCCAAGAAUUAGGAGGAAUUGAAUUGGCUCUUCCUGAAUUUUUAAGCAGUAAGCCUUCUGAUUUGUGGAAGAGAAUUAUUCACAUUGCAUCAAAGAGAUACGAAUAUAAGCUUCCUGAAAACAUUAACGAUUACACUCCUUUAAAUCUCAAAUUCAACAGACUUGCCACUUUAAGAGAUUUAUGUUUAACCAUUGGUGUUCAUAUUGAAGCUAAGGACUACGAGUUUACAUUCGAAAGCGUCGUUAGCAACUUAAAUGAAAAACCUGCUAACUCUAGUUAAUCUUCUUAAUCCACUAACUAAAACUCUGUCUCUUCAAAUAAUGCUGCUAACACCAACUCAUCCAAAUCAACCCUUCCUUUCCAACCUGAAAACAUCAAAAACAUUACUCCUAUUGUUAAAUACAUCGAAAUUAACUCCGAUGAUAGUCGUGCCAACCUUGAAAUGGGUUAAAAAUACCUUAUUGAAGGCAAAGCAAAUGAAGCCUUAGAAUGUUUCCACACAGCUGCUCACAUAAUCCUAAAUCUAUUCGGACCCAUUCACAAAGAUUAUGCUUAUUGCUUCUAUAAGAUUUCAAAUAUUUACUUUAAGUUGGGAGACUAUGAAAAUGCUAUUCAUUACUAAAAGCAAACUAUUUAAGUAUUUAAAAAGCUCUACGGUAUUGACCAUCACUAAACUGCUUAGGCCAUUUCUACUUUAGCUUACUACUACUUUAGUAUUAAAAAAUACAGUCUUGCUUAUAAAAAUAUGUUCAAGUCUCUCUUUAUCUACUCACUCAUUGGUGGUGAACCUCACCCUGAUAGCUUCCACACCUUCAUGAAUUUGAGCUUGAUGUUCUAAGAAAAUGAAUAACACUAGGCUUCUUUGAGCUGUUUGUUUGAAGCUUUGGACAGAAGCAUUACUGUUUAUGGUAAAGAUCAUAUCAAGAUUGCUGGAUGCUAUCAAGCAGUUGCUUUAGCUCAUUAUGAUAUUGAUGACAUAAAGAAAGCUAUUGAAUACCAAUAAAAGUGCGUUGCAAUCCUUAAAUUAAAUCUUGAUGCUGAAGAUCCCAGAGUCAAAGAAGCUCUUCUCUUCUAACACAAGUUUGAAAAAACAUUGGCUGACAAAAAGAAAGGAUAAACAACACAACCUAUUAAAGAUGUAAAUAAUAUGAGACAAUUUGGCACAAAUAAGACAGUCAAGCCUAAAGCUCAAGAAAAAAUAGAAGAUUAAUAAUUUUAAGAGCAAUAACAAAUAAAUGAAAGAGAAAUUUUAAAGUAAAAAUUAAAAUAUGCUAAAAUGAAUGCAAAAUACGGUACUAGUGCAAGAAAACCAUACCCUUAUGAUAUUAAUAGAAUCGCUGCUGCUGAAUAAGAAAAUCUUGAAUUACAAGAAUAAACCCAAAGCGAAAACAAUAAAAAGUAAUAACCUGAAUAGUAAUAAUUAAACGGAAAAUAAAGCCAAUAACAAUAACAACAAUAAUAAUAAGCUAAAAAGAAAUGA